CAGCCCAAUAUUAUUUAAUACAGUACAACCAGCCUAUAAUACAUUCUUCAAAUAUAUUUUAGUAGCAAAUAAUUUGUUGGCUUUAAGAAAAUAUUAAGGAGUUUUAAAUCAGAAGGAGAUAGUUAAGAAGUCCAGGCGUCGAACGGAAGUACCGUAACCCAGAAAGGACAACACGGAAGCUUGGUAGCAAUGGCGGCGGCUGCAGAAAACAAUGUGGAACUUAAGCGAAAAGCAGAUGAUGAUCAUGGUGGAGAUGGAGAUGGCGACGGAGAAGGCGACGAAUGGAUCGGACCCAUGCCAAACGAAGCUACUAAGGCCAAGAAAAGGAAAGUACUCGAAUAUGAGCGUGUCUAUCUGGGCAACCUCCCUUCAGCUGCAAUGUAUGAACGGAGCUACAUGCACAGAGACGUUAUCACACACAUAGUUUGUUCCAAGACAGACUUCAUUAUCACGGCCAGCCAGGAUGGUCAUGUCAAGUUUUGGAAGAAGAAGGAGGAUGAGGGAAUAGAGUUUGUCAAACACUUUCGAAGUCAUCUCGGUGUGGUAGAAAGCAUUGCAGUCAGUGCUGAAGGGGCCCUUUUCUGUUCUGUUGGUGAUGAUCAGGCUAUGAAAGUAUUUGAUGUUGUCAACUUUGACAUGAUCAAUAUGCUGAAGUUGGGCUUUCAACCAGGCCAGUGUGAGUGGGUCUACAAUCCUGGGGAUGCCAUUUCCACAGUGGCUUGCUCUGAAAAAUCCACAGGCAAGAUCUUCGUCUAUGAUGGAAGAGGAAGCAAUCAGCCCCUCCACGUCUUUGACAAGAUGCACUCCUCACCGCUGUCCCAAAUCCGCCUGAAUCCCAAAUUUAGAGUCAUCGUCUCUGCUGACAAAGCGGGGAUGCUGGAAUACUGGACUGGCCUCCCAAAUGAAUUCAAGUUCCCCAAGCAUGUCCACUGGGAAUACAAAACAGACACAGACUUGUAUGAAUUUGCAAAACACAAAACCUAUCCCACCAGUCUUGCAUUUUCUUCUGAUGGUAAGAAAAUGGCCACCAUUGCAUCUGACAGGAAAGUCCGGCUCUUCCGCUUCCUAACAGGAAAGCUGAUGAGAGUGUUCGAUGAAUCAUUAACGAUGUUCACAGAAUUGCAGCAGAUGAGGCAGCAGCUGCCUGACAUGGAGUUCGGGAGGCGAAUGGCUGUGGAGAGAGAACUGGAGAAGGUGGAUGGUAUUCGACUGACAAAUAUCAUCUUUGAUGAAACCGGCCACUUUGUGCUCUAUGGGACCAUGCUGGGCAUCAAGGUCAUCAACGUGGAAACCAACAGAUGUGUGCGGAUCCUCGGGAAGUUGGAGAACAUUCGUGUGGUCCAGCUGAGUCUGUUCCAGGGAGUUGCAAAGGCCACUCACGUGGCACCCACUGUAGAGAUGAAGGCAUCCGACAACCCUGCCUUAGAUAACUUGGAGCCUGACCCCACUAUAUUCUGCACUGCGUUUAAGAAGAACCGCUUCUACAUGUUUUCUAAGAGAGAGCCAGAGGAUACAAAGAGUGCAGACUCGGACAGAGACAUCUUUAACGAGAAGCCCUCGAAGGAGGAGGUGAUGGCUGCCACACAGGCUGAGGGCCCCAAGAGAGUGUCUGACAGUGCCAUCAUCCACACCACCAUGGGAGACAUCCACAUCAAGCUUUUCCCCGUGGAAUGCCCCAAAACUGUGGAGAACUUCUGUGUUCACAGCAGGAAUGGCUACUACAAUGGCCAUAUAUUCCACAGAGUAAUCAAGGGUUUUAUGAUUCAGACAGGAGACCCCACAGGCACAGGCAUGGGAGGAGAGAGCAUCUGGGGAGGAGAGUUCGAGGACGAGUUCCACGCCACGCUGAGACACGACCGCCCGUACACGCUCAGUAUGGCGAACGGAGGCCCCGGCACCAACGGCUCGCAGUUUUUCGUCACUGUUGUACCAACUCCUUGGCUUGACAACAAGCACACUGUGUUUGGAAGGUGCACGAAAGGCAUGGAGGCAGUCCAGAGGAUCUCCAAUGUCAAAGUUAACCCCAAGACCGACAAACCAUAUGAAGACAUCAGCAUUAUCAACAUCACCAUAAAGUGAUCGUAUGUCUUAUCAUGUCCUGUACAGUGAUGUUUUUUUUUUUUUUUUUUUUUUACCAGAAUGUUAUUAAAUAAUGCUUGAGUAUGAUUGUAGUAAGAAUUAUUUGUUAAUGUUCAGUUUAAUAAUAAUUCUUAACGUGUAGAUUGCAAAGCAGCAGAAACCAAAGCCACAUUGUUAAUUACCUCAAAGAAAAAGCUACCACCCAGACAAAUAAGGUCAAUUAGUUUAUUUUACAGCGUCACAUUAUGAAUAAUUUACAAAAGCCGUUAUCAAGUCCACUGGUAACAAAGGUUUCGAUGCGCAUUGUGCUUCUACGUUUCAAAAACAAAUAUUUUCAUAAAGUACGGGGAAAGGCUUUUCACACGUGCAUUUUUUUAUUUGUAUUUUUAUACAUAGAUACAUGUAGUAAACAUUACAUAGCAAUGAAUAAAAAUUAGAUCAAACUCAAAUGAUGGUUCCUUAAUAACAAGACAAGUGUCAGUGUUAGGUUUAAUGUUUCACUAAGUUUCACAUUACGUUAUUACUGAAGGCUGUUGAUUAAAGGUGUACCAUCUCCAGACAGAUAAGCAGGACUUGUGAGAUGUUUAAAUAGCAAUAUUUUCACAAGACUUUUUUUGCAGUGAGAUUAAUACUCCGAGUCUAAUAAGAAACAGCAGAUAGUUAAUUUGCUUCCAAAUGAAAACGGGUAGUGAGGCAGCAAACAAGUGCAUUCCACAAAUUCUGCGUGCAAGACACUCCACCCAAAUGGAGGCAGAAUCGCUGCAUAGAGACUCUGAAUUUCUCGCAAUAGCCUCGUAUCAAAGUAACGUCCAACUUCCCACUCAUAAAUAAGUUCAGUAAACAGUUUUUUCUGUAACAGAAAACACUAUAUUCAAACCAAAACUCUACUGGUGCGCCAUUUCAAGACCAGCUGUGGCAUUAAAUAGCUUCAUACAGUACACUUAAAAAAAAA